AUGUAUAGACAAAUACCUUUAUCUGUUGCGUUCAGUAGUGAAAACCCUGACGUCAAAAUAAAGGGGAACAGAGUAACGUUUAAGUUUCCAACAGACUGGAUUGUGAACAUAAAUGAAGAGAAGUACAUUGGCAUAACAUCUAUGUAUAUAACACGUGCUUUCAGAAAGGUUGACUUUAUACUUCAAGUCGAGAUAGAAAAUGACGAACAGUCUUUAAGCGCCCAAAACAUUCACAUAUACAAAUACUUUAAAGACGAUACAACAUUGUUGCAAUGUAUGAUUUCAUUUAAUGAAAUGUUCGAGAAAAAGUUUAACAUUGAAGUACAAACUUUACAGCCUUUACGUGAGUUUCUUGCACAACUGAAAGAAGAAGGUAGUCAGCCACAACUUAUAGACUUUCAUUAUGAAUUUAAUGAAAAUGAAGAUGGAACUCAUGACUGUCAGUUUGUUGUAUUCUCACCAUUCAAUGAAGUCGCUAAAGAGAAAGAAAAUCCAUUACGUAUAAGAUUUCAAAUCUCUGAACCAAGUGAUGAUUUCAAGAAUGUUUUCAAUUAUGAUGCAAUGCUUC